AUGGAAACCAAAGAGCAUCUCCUGGAUUCUCGGCUCGACCGGAAAUUGUCGAAAAGAGGCGGAAAAGAUGAAGAGAAUGGAAGUGAUAGUGGCAGUGGAACAGAUGGAAGGAAGACAUUCUGGGCGAAUAUUGCCGUCGCUGCUCUUAUAAAUCUUCUCUCAACUAUUGAGAGUACUAUUCUUCUAUCUGCGAUAUGGCCAUAUUUAAGAUUGUUGGACAAAGACGUCUCGUCGACAUUUAUGGGCCUCACAACUUCCUCCGGAAAGGCAUUCCACGCCCUGUUUGCCAUUCUAUUCGGUGCUCUGGCAGUCAGGACGAAGAAGAUCAAGAUCUACCUAAUCCUCGGUCGAAUCGUCACGAUUAUUGGCUGUUUCCUGUUUGCCGAAGCGGAAAUGGUCUCGGAAAACGGGAAAUACUGGAUGUUCGCGUCGAAUUUGAUGUUUUCCAUUGGGGAUAGUUCCCUAAUGUUAAUCCGUGGGUACGUCGCGACCGCAAGCCGUCCAGUCGAUCGUGGAUUGGCAUUUGCUGCCAUUGCAUUGGCUAAUGUAUUGUCGAUGAUUAUUGGAGGAUCUUCCCUGCUCGGCUUCUCGAUGAUCGGCCACCCAUCCCUGCCAGGGGGUGGUGGAGCAGAGAUUCUUGGUGUCCGUCUUCAUAUGUUCAAUGCUCCAAUUCUUCUCGUUGUCGUGCUCAAUCUGGCUGUCAUUUGUUUGGCACAUUUCGGAUUGACGGAACAUCGCCCAAGGGAGGAGAAGAGCACUCAACAACACAAUAAUGGAACCGAGCACGGCUGGCGUAUCUGGCGUGAACUCCCAAUUUUCUUGAUUCUUCUCUGCUUCUUCGAGAAGAUUGUUGCCUCUACUUCUUUGACUACAGCCAUUUCGACGACACCAUUGAUGGGUACUGAAGUAUUUGCAUGGACCGAGGGGCAAGUCAUGCAGAGAAUGGCCGCAGCCAACGCGACAAUCGGAAUCCUUGCCCUGAUUACCGUAGCCCUAUUCAUGCUGUUGAAAGUGGCCACGUGGAUUCCGUCUCGAUACAUUUUCCUGGCCGCCAUCAUCAAUUUCUUCUUCUUCUUCUUCAUCGCCUAUCCACAUCGGCUGAUCUCGGCGCCGAUCAGGAUCAGGGAAUACAUGGACGACGUGGGCUGUAAUUCGGAUAGAUAUCCGUGGUGCAAGGAUACCCUAUCCCCAUCCCCGAUGCUCUAUUUCAUCAUGCUGAUCGGAACGUUUGGCAUCUUCUUCCCGCUCGCAAAUAUCUCCCUGGAUACCGUAUACUCCGGCAUUUUGGGGCAAAUCGAUCAGAGUUUCUUCCAGACGGCCAUCAUUGCCGUGGAUGAUAUCUUCCAGAUUCUGUGCCCGACGAUAAUUAUGCACUCGUUCAAGUUGGCCGGUCACCCGGUGGUGUUCACGCUGUGGGCGGGGCUAUGCGCCCUGGGUGUGGUGGCAUGGGUCCUGAAUGGAACGCGGCUGAGAGCGGCUACCGUAACCCAGGGAGACACGUUGGAGGCUGAGGCGACGCCAGAGAAAAACGGAAAUUAUCUCCCGGUAGAGAAUAAGCCCCUUGUUAGCCCU